AUGUCUUACAAUUCUGUUCCCGGUGUUAAAAUUCUUGCCCCAGUGAGCAAAUCCCAUGAACAAAUUCUUACUCCUGAGGCUCUUUCAUUUCUAACAAAGCUCCAAAGACCUUUUAAUCCUGUCAGAAAAGAAUUACUUCAACGUCGAGUUCUUCGACAACAAGAAUUAGACCGAGGAGUUCUUCCUGACUUUCUACCAGAAACUGCUCAUAUUAGGAAUGAUGAUACUUGGCGAGGUGCAUAUCCUUCUCCUGGGUUGGUUGACAGACGCGUUGAAAUUACGGGACCAGUAGAUAGGAAAAUGGUUAUUAAUGCUUUAAAUUGUGGUGCUUAUACUUACAUGGCCGAUUUUGAAGAUUCUAAUGCUCCUACAUGGAAUAACAAUAUUGAUGGACAAGUAAAUUUGCGAGAUGCUAUUCUUGGAACUAUUACUUACACCAAUCCUGGGAAUAAUAAGAAGUAUUCUCUGCGCAAAGGUGGUAAAAUUGCCACCUUGAUUGUUCGUCCUCGCGGUUGGCAUUUGGAAGAAAAGCAUGUUUUAAUCGACAACAUUCCUGUUUCAGCCUCCAUUUUUGAUUUUGCUCUUUAUUUCUUUCAUAACGCUAAGAAAUUAAUUGAAAAUGGAAUUGGUCCAUAUUUUUAUUUACCAAAGAUGGAAUCCUACUUAGAAGCAAGAUUGUGGAAUGACGUAUUUAAUGUCGCGCAAGAUCUUUUGGGUAUUCCACGUGGUACCAUUCGUGCAACCGUAUUAAUUGAAACUAUCUUGGCUGCAUUCGAGAUGGACGAAAUUAUUUAUGAACUUCGUGAGCAUUCUGCUGGUCUUAAUUGUGGACGAUGGGAUUAUAUUUUCUCCGUAAUCAAAAAAUUUCGCCAUAAUCCUAAUUUCAUACUCCCUGAUCGUGGAGAUGUCACCAUGACUUCUCCUUUCAUGGAUUCAUAUGUACGUUUGCUUAUCAAAACUUGCCAUCGUCGAAGGGUCCAUGCUAUGGGAGGCAUGGCAGCUCAAAUUCCCAUAAAAAAUGAUCCUGAAGCUAAUAAAGCGGCGCUCGAAAAAGUUCGUCAGGACAAAUUACGUGAAGUAAAAGCUGGUCAUGAUGGUACGUGGGUCGCUCAUCCAGACUUGGUUAAGAUUGCUUUAGAAGUUUUUGAUGAAAAUUUAAAGACACCAAAUCAAAUCUUUGUUCGACGUGAGGAUGUUAAUGUCACAGCGUUAGAUUUACUGAACCCAAAUGUUCAAGGAUCCAUCACUGAGAAAGGUAUUCGUGGAAAUAUUUCUGUGGGUUUGACUUACGUCGAAUCAUGGCUUCGAGGAUUAGGAUGUGUUCCAAUCAAUAAUCUCAUGGAAGAUGCCGCUACCGCAGAAAUUUCACGAUCUCAACUAUGGCAAUGGGUCAGACAUAGUUCUCGGACUGUCGAGGGUAAAAUUAUUACACCUGAAUACAUUAAUAAAUUACUUGAAGAAGAAAUGAACAAAAUUGAAAAGCAAUUAGGUCCUCAACAAUUUAGUGCAAGCAAGUAUCUGUUAGCAAAAAGAUAUUUAGCAAGUCAGAUCACUGGAAAAGAAUAUUCCGAAUUUUUGACAACAUUAUUGUAUGAUGAAAUCAUAGAAGUUCAGAAUAAAGCCAAACUCUGA